UUGUGAAUUGAAUGGAGGCUGCAUUCCAAAUCGCAUGUUUUUUUCUUUUUAGGCUACUUGUAGUACGUACGACAGUUUCCCUUACAAAGUACGUACUGUGGCACACCGUAUGCAUACAAUUGGAACAUACUAGGCGUUUUCACUGAUUAGCACACCUGUAGUGCCACCUAUGUAUCUUGUGUUGCGCAGAGGAUUGUGAGGCAGGAUAGCCCAAAAAGCAUGCUGACUUGCAUACUGCGGUUCGGGAUUAGAUAUAGUACAACAUACUGGUAUUUGUGGCAGACCAUAUUUUCCAUACUAUGUAUUGGGACAUAGGCUACUACAUAUUUCUCUGCCAUACUAAAUAGUAUGGUAGUAUGGGUAAUAAAACGCAGGGCCUUACCCUAACUCUGUGUUCCAGACCCAUUCUACCAUACUAUUGAGUAUCAUACUAAAUUAGUAUAUUUAUUACUAUUUACUAUGGUAGUAUGCAUACUACUGUGCAACAGUAUAUUGUAAGGGUAGCUGAGGCGUACAGAAAUAGUAUGCGAUUUGGAACGCAGCCUCGGAGACUUGAUAGGUGGGUUACGCACGAUUUGACGUCGAGGGGGUGGGACUUCCCGGUGCGCGUCAUGAUAGGAGGGGCUCUGAGCGUCGAUCCCAAAAAAGCUUAGCGCACGCAGAACGGCGCCAUGUGUCAUGUUGGACGGCGGGCUCGCGCCGAAACGUCCUGACUGAUCGCGCUCUGAUCGAAAAGUGGGCUUUAAUGGACGUUUAUUAUGCGGUGUGGUGCUCAUGCGCGAAGUACAGAAGAACUUCGUGUAUCGAUUUCUUAGGAUUCCGUGCGGUGGGGGUCAUGUUUUUUCGUUCCGGUCGGGGUAGCGUGGCACCAGGCGGCGGAGCGUUUCCGAAGUUAACAGGGCGCAUGUGAAGGAUUGGAAAUUAAAGACGCAGUACACACGUUUAAAGACGAAGUACACACUGCGUCCGAGCCGCAAACAUGGAGAAGAAGAAAAGCGCACUGGAUCUGGAACGGGAACGGGAGCGCUCGUACUGCGAACUUUGCGGGAAAAUGGAAAACCUCCUCAAGUGCGGUCGGUGCCGCAGCUCGUUCUACUGCAGCAAGGAGCACCAGAAGCAGCACUGGGGGACGCACAAGCUGAUAUGCAAAGAGGCGGACACGGCGGCGGCAGCGCAGCAGGGUCCUAAACAGACCCCCGAACCGGCGCUGUCUGCACGGGAGGGCAAGGAACCGGAGGGAUCCAAACUAAAGAACCGGAGCGCCGAGCAACCGGAGCCGAGCGGCGAGCGCAUGAGAGGCUUCAUCACAAACGCCGAGGGACCGGAGGAGGUCAUGGACAAAUCAAGUGGGGGUGUUGGUGGCAAUAACAAUGCCAAGCCCAAUGGACAGACGAGACCGUCCCCGCAGAAGCUCGCAACAGACUACAUCAUCCCGCUGAUGAACAAGAACGGGAUCUGCGUAGUGGACAACUUCCUCGGCGCGGAGACCGGGGUUUGCAUCCUGCAGGACGUGAAGGCGCUGCACCAGACCGGCCGGUUCACAGACGGCCAGCUGGUCAGCCAGAAGAGCGACUCCACCAAGGACAUCCGAGGGGACAAGAUCACGUGGAUAGACGGACAGGAGAAGGGCUGUGAGAAGAUCCGCUUUCUGAUGAGUAGGAUGGAUGAUCUGGUCAGACAUUGCAACGGGAAACUGGGAAACUACACGAUAAACGGAAGGACUAAAGCGAUGGUGGCGUGUUACCCGGGCAACGGGACUGGAUAUGUGCGGCAUGUGGACAACCCGAAUGGUGACGGACGCUGCGUCACAUGCAUAUAUUACCUUAACAAAGAUUGGGAUGUCAAGGAACAGGGAGGCCUGCUCCGGAUCUUCCCCGAGGGCAAGACCCAGUUCGCGGACAUCGAGCCCAAGUUCGACCGGCUGCUGCUGUUCUGGUCGGACCGGCGGAACCCCCACGAAGUGCAGCCGGCGCACUCCACCAGGUAUGCCAUCACGGUCUGGUAUUUCGACGCGGACGAGCGGGCCAAGGCUAAAGAGAAGUACUUAACGGGUGCCGGGGAGAAAGGAGUGAAGGUGGAACUCAACAAACCCUCGGACCCCAGCUAGUGUCUGCCUCGCAGACCCCCCCCCCCCCCCCCUCCCUGCAAGAACCCUCAAUCAAGUGCUCUGUCCUCAGAAGUGGCCUAUAGCGAGCGAGAGAGAGAGCGAGAUUGUGUAUUUUUGUGUGUCUGCGCUUGUACGUGCAACGGCUGGUGUGAAUCAAUACGGAGCGCCGACAUCGCCGGAGCGAACGCCGACCAUCAAUGUAAGCGGCGGUUUGAAAAAAAAAAAGCAACGCUAAAUACAAUCGCGGUUUCUUUCAUUUCACCCCCGGGGGAACUCGGAAAACUCCGAUGGCUUUGAUUGUCAAGACAUUUUACCGAGAGGAACAGUCGCCCGUUUGUUUGUUUCCCCCCCCCCCUCCUCCUCAUCCAUGUCUCACCUUUUUUGGUGUCGCCAGGCUUUUAUGUUAGAGCUGAGCACAGAAGUCGGGCCCAGGUGGACAAUUCUGCUUUUUAUGCUCUCCACAUUGUGGUUCUUGCAGUUGAUUCCUUCAAGGUACAGUGUUCUGCAUAAGAUUGUUUAUUGAUGCUUUUCACAUGGAAUGAGCUGUCAUAAGCUGUGGUUUGAUUGUACUUGAGUUUUUCAAUAGCUCGAGUGGUGAACGCAAUUAAAAAGAAACACCUUUUUCUGACUGUUGAA